AUGGGCGACAACCCUUUCCAACUAAGAAAUAAUUCAAAAAUGGCAGAACUGUUUAUGGAAUGUGAAGAAGAAGAGCUGGAACCAUGGCAAAAGAAAGUAAAAGAAGUUGAGGAUGAUGACGAUGACGAACCCAUUUUUGUUGGAGAGAUUUCAAGCUCAAAACCAGCCAUUUCAAAUAUUUUGAAUAGAGUUAACCCCAGCUCAUACUCAAGAGGAAUAAAGAAUGGUGCACUUAGUCGAGGUAUUACUGCUGCAUUCAAGCCUACAAGUCAACACUACACGAACCCAACAUCAAAUCCAGGGGCUGCCUCAUCAGUAAAUUUUCAUCCUGAAUCUAGAUCUUCAGCUAGUUCUAUUGUUGUGCAGCCUUUGUCUAAACCUGGUUUUAUAAUGAACUCAGCACGAGUUGUGUCUAAAAACUCUUCAGAGUUACUAUUUGACCUGACCCAGGACACAGGAUUAUCACAUUACCAAGGAGGACCAACACAUUCUAUAGCAGGUGCGAAAGAAAGUUCCUUUGCGUCAAAACGUCCUUCUACUUCUGAAGUUAACAGUGUUAAUGCAAAAAAGCCUAAAAUCAAUGAAGUUGUUACUGGAACAAAUCCCUCAGCUGCAUUCUCUUCAGUAAAAUCUACUUCAGUGGUAUCUCCCCAGGAUUUGUUAUCAAAAGGUACAAAUACCUCAUCAAAUCAAUCUAAAAAUGGAACACCUUUUCCAAGAGCUUGUCCAAAGUGCAAUAUUCAUUUUAAUCUCUUGGAUCCUUUGAAAAAUCACAUGAAGUAUUGUUGUCCAGACAUGAUAAAUAACUUUUUGGGACUGGCUAAAACAGAAUUUUCAAGUACAACAGAUAAAAAUAUGACAGUUGAUUCAGAGAAAGGAAAAUUGAUCAUGUUAGUUAAUGACUUUUAUUAUGGAAAGCAUGAAGGAGAUGACCAGGAAGAACAGAAGACUCACACAACCUUUAAGUGCUUCAGUUGCUUGAAAAUUCUUAAAAAUAAUAUUAGGUUUAUGAACCACAUGAAACACCAUUUGGAACUUGAGAAGCAGAGCAGUGAGAGCUGGGAAAACCAUACCACCUGCCAGCAUUGCUACCGUCAGUUUCCCACCCCAUUCCAGCUUCAGUGCCACAUUGAAAGUACACACACACCCCAUGAAUUUUCUACCAUUUGUAAAAUCUGUGAAUUAUCAUUUGAAACAGAACAUGUUCUUUUACAACAUAUGAAGGACAAUCAUAAACCCGGUGAAAUGCCAUAUAUUUGCCAGGUUUGCAAUUAUAGAUCAUCAUUGUUUUCUGAUGUUGAAACUCAUUUUAGAACGUCCCAUGAAAACACUAAAAACUUGCUUUGUCCAUUUUGCCUCAAAGUUAUUAAAAUUGCAACACCCUAUAUGCACCAUUACAUGAAGCAUCAGAAAAAAGGAAUACAUCGUUGCUCAAAAUGCAGGCUGCAGUUUUUGACAUGCAAGGAGAAAAUGGAUCACAAGACUCAACAUCAUCGAACGUUUAUGAAACCUAAACAACUAGAAGGAUUGCCUCCUGGAACAAAAGUUACUAUUCGAGCUUCAGUUGGACCUCUUCAAUCAGGAUCUUCACCUACACCUUCCAUUAGUGCAAGCACUUCUACCCUUCAGCUCUCACCAUCAAGGACUAAAAAUAUAACUGCUAAAAAUUCCACAAAAUCUAAUACAAAUAAACCCAAUGCAAGUAAACCUAAUGGAAGUAAAUCUAAAUGCAAAUCAAAACUCUCUACUGUGCAAAAGAAACAAACUACAUUGAAUAAUAGCAAUAAAAAAAGCAAAGUCAGUACAGCAUUGAGGAGCUUAAGGUAUCGUCGGGGAAUUAACAAGUGCAUUGAGUGUUGUUCCGAAAUAAAAGAUUUUUCAAACCACUUUCCUACAUAUGUCCACUGUAGUUUUUGCAGAUACAACACUAGCUGUAGCAAAGCCUAUGUAAAUCAUAUGAUGAGCUUUCAUAGUAACCGUCCAAGUAAAAGAUUUUGUAUUUUUAAGAAGCAUUCAGAAAAUCUCAGGGGCAUUACUAUAGUGUGCCUUAAUUGUGAUUUCCUAACUGAUGUUUCUGGCUUAGAUAAUAUGGCUACACAUUUAAGUCAACAUGAAACUCACACUUGCCAAGUUGUAAUGGAGAAUGUUUCUGUUCAUACCACAACUUCUGAACGUCUUUCUGUAGUCAGAAAUGAAGCUCCUCUUGAAGAACCACAACGUGUGUUGGAGGAAAUUUCAAGACAUAAUAUGGCUGAAGGAGAAUCUGAAACAUCAAAAUGUGAAAGUAAACAAGAUAUUGUUUCACCAAAGGAAUUGAAAACUAGAUGUGGUGCAAGUUCAGUUGAAGCCUCCUCAGUAACAAAAUGUGAAGAAAGUAUAACAGUUUCAUGUAAGAAAAAUGAUGCCUGUCUUACAGACCUAGCAGCUGGCUCCAAGAAAAUCUUCAGUUGUGAUUCAAAUAUUGAUGAAGAUAACAUGGAAAAGGAAAAACAGAAAGAACUUGUUUCUCAGAUGUGCCAAAGUUCUGAAAACAUAAUUUCAUGUGAUCAGAUUAAAGAUAUCAACUCCAGUGAAGCUAGGGUUUCUUCUAAGAAUAGAAAAGAUUUGCGGUUAACUUCAGGGGAUGUUAGAAUUGAUCAGUUUUUGAGAAAAAGAGAUGAAUCUGAAUCUGCUAGUUCUGAUGUUAGUGAGCAAGGCAGUGUUCAUUUGGAACCUUUGACUCCAUCAGAGGUACUUGAAUAUGAAGCCACAGAAAUCUUUCAGAAAGGUAGUGGUGACUCUUCAGCCAAGACUGAUGAAGUCGUGUUUGAUCAAACAGAUGAUGUUCCUAGAGGAAAUCUCCCGAACACAACAGAGGCAACAGUAGACCUGGCAGAUGAAGAAGGAAGAAGUUAA